AUGUUUCAAGUGAUAAAAGGUUUUAAAAAAGAAGAUUUGAAACAAGUUGUGGAAGAAAUCAAUGAAUGUUUACCAACAACCGUUACAAUAGCAGGUUUAAAAGAAAUUAUUUUAAACAGUGUAGAAUACAAAAAGGAUCCUGAAUUUGUUCAAGAUUUACUUGCAACUGCUAUUUCGAAUCGAAAACUGUUAGACCAAAGACAAAUUGAAAAGGAUAAGCUGGAUUACGAUCUUCAAAAAUUGAGAAUAGAGCAAGAACUUCAAAAAACAAAAAUGGAUUAUGAACUGGAAUUGGCAAGAAUCCAAGCACAGAAUCAAAGUGAGUCAUUUCCAUCUAUUUCUGUUUCUGAUGUAAAUAGUUCGAAACGAAAGUUUACUUUGCCUAGAUUAGAAUUUAGACAAUUUGGGGAUGAUAUUAAAGAGUGGCUUCCUUUCUGGAGUCAAUUUGAACAAAUUUAUAAAGAUAAUGAUAUUGCCCCUGAGAAUAAAUUCCAGUAUUUAUUUCAAGCCACUGUGUCGGGUUCCCGCGCUAGAGAAGUUGUCGAGAGUUUUCCGCCUAUCGGUGCUAAUUAUAAAAAGGCGGUGGAAAGUUUAAAAUCCCGUUUUGGUAGGGAAGAUAUUUUAGUCGAAGUAUACGUAAGAGAAUUAUUGAAAUUAAUCGUAACUGUUCAAACUAAGGAAAAAUUUUCAAUAACUUCUUUGUACGAUAAACUUGAAUCUUAUUUACGUGCUUUGGAAACAUUAAAUGUGACAACUGAUAAACGUGCUUCUAUAUUAUAUCCAAUGGUUGAGUCCUGCUUUACAGCAGAUUUUUUAAAAACAUGGUAUCGUAGUAAUUCUUCCGAUUCAAAAACGGAAGCAAAGAUCGAUUAA